AUGGAGCAGAAGGCGACGAAAUGGCUCACGAAGCUUGCGGACUGCUUACGGGACGCGACUCAUGUUGAGUGGUUGAGAAACUGGACAAGACGUUUUCCAGAGGUAUCGGGCCAUGGUGACGGCCCAGAUGGACAACAAUCCCUUCAAUUCACCCCAGGCGCAGAACCUUUUAUUACGCACAUCACACACCAACAGUCGCUGUCCACGGGCGAAGAGAUGCCAGCCUUGGAUCAUGUGGCCCAGGCUGUUACUGGGCAGUCAACGGUUCCCCAUUCAGAGACGGCGGUUACUACUUGUAGUGUUGAGGCUAUGCUUGAGAGUGUCCCUCCAGCCGCUCAACACGAUGACUCUGAGCCGUUUCCACAUACUGAAGGACAAUUGAAUGAAGAGGCGCCAGCUUCAAACGACCAAAUGCCGGCUGCUGAGGGGCAGACACUAAAGUCAAUUGAACAGCCGUCCAACCUAAGCUCAUUAAUGGAUGCUGCUGCUGCAGCUGCUAUAGCAAACGGUCCACUGCUGGAUCAUCCGCUACGAAUUUAUGAUUGGCGUACGCCGGCCAAGUCCACGCCUCCGGUUCGUGGAAAUGAUGAUGCUCCAGGGUCUAACGAUGAAACGCCAUCUUCUGAGGAUGUCGGCGGUGAGGCUACGGGAAAUGCUUGGCCCCCAGAGCGAAUAAUAGCCUUUAUCAAUGACCUGUCAGAGGAUGCGAGAAUAUCCGACUGGACGAUUGUUCGCACUGUUGAGCUGGAGGAUGGGUGGUACAUACACGGAUACUGGCCAUCCGCACAGGAGGUGGCCAGUUGGUAA